AUCUCUGUCUACAUCUGGCUGCUGCUUCUGGCAUUUGGUGGACAUGUGCUGGUGGGCUAUGGCUUGGUGACUCUGGGAGAGUUUCUGCAGCUGGCACUGCUGUGUGUGGUGAUCACUCUGCUGAGUGGCAUUCUGCAGACUGGUGCUGGUGCUGGCCCUGGCCCUCUGGAUCAUCUGAAUGAUCCUGACAAGAGGAACAGGGUGGCCACCAGGUCUCUGCACAAUCUGCAGCAUGAAAUCUCUGCCUACAGGGCUGCCAAAGAUGGCAGGGGCUAUGUGCACAGCUCUGACCAGUGCACAUAUGCUGUUCUGAAAGGCAGAGUGCGCUGGGAGAUGGAGCAGUAUCUGGGCAGUGGUGGACCUCCUUGCCUCUGGAAAUGGAUCUGCCUACUGGCCUGGCUGUCCUGUGCCUGUGAGCUGCUGUACCAGUCCAUCGAUGCUGGCAUGAGUUCUCUGAAUGUGGCUGCUGUGCGCAGAAAUCUGGUGCUGGUCUGGAAUGAGAUUCCUUGCUUCUGCGCUUCUGAGAUCACUAUGUCUCCAGCUGAUUGCACUCUGCCUGAAGGCUUUGAACUCUGGGCUCUCUGGGUCAAAAGCUGUGGUUUGGCCUCUGGAGUUUCUGAAGCCACCUCCUCUGAGUGCAGAAGCCAAGGCUGUGAUGAAGAGGAGGAGGGAGGAUCGAUUCUGCUGCAGCACCUGGCUGUGAUCCAUGGCCUCUGUGAGAUCUGGCCUUGCAAUUUU